AUGGUGCGGACCUGGUCAGUUGGCUGUCUAUUUCUCGCCUAUUUUCCAUCAACUCUUUCUGUAUCUGUCAUUCAAAUUAAGAUUUAUAAAUGGAUCGAAAAAUUUAGUGGAUUUUUUCUCUGUUCAAAGGUAAAGGUAGAGCCACGUAUUCAGAUCUCGCGACUUUUCACUAAGUUGAAUUCCAGAAGAGGAUAUUCCUAUGCACGGAUUUCGCAUCACCAGACAAUAGAGAUGUGGCGAAUUUGUAGUGCUGUAACAAGUGCAAUUGUUGCUGCAUAUUCAUUUGCUACCAAAAAGUCUCUGGACGAGUGGUGUGACAGCAAAAGUUAA